AUGAGGCAAACUCAAGAACGAGACAAAAGAUUGGCUGAUGAGCAUCGUCAUCAUCAAGAGUACAAAGUUGGUGACAAGGUUUUCCUUAAGCUGUCGAAUGCACAACAAUCUCUAAAAGGAAGUGGUAGUGCUAAGUUGUCCCCAUGGUAUUGUGGGCCUUGGACAAUUUUACAGCGUGUGGGGGAUCUUGCAUACACUUUGGAUUUGCCAGUUAGUUCGAAGAUUCAUCCAACAUUCCAUGUGAGCAAACUUAAAGUGUGUUUGCACUCUGGUGAUAUCGUGGAUCAGUCCAUCAUCCAGGUUCCAGAGAUUGAUGCAGAGAAGGCUGGUCCGGCCAAUAUUCUUGCUCAAAGAUUGGUGAAAACACACCGGAAAACAACUAGGGAGUUGUUAGUUCAAUGGAAUGGUUAUUCCAUGGACGAAGCUACAUGGGAAACUGAGGAUGACAUGAAGAGAGUGUUUCCGAGUUUUGGUUAUGACUUGGAUGACAUUCCUGAGGAAGGGGAAAAUUGA